CUCUCAACGUCGUCCGCCGACCAACCGUCAAACCUCAACAUGUCUCCCAAGGUCACCAAGAUCUGCUGUAUCGGUGCUGGCUACGUCGGCGGCCCUACUUGCGCUGUUAUUGCGCUCAAGUGCCCGCACAUCACCGUCACCAUCGUUGAUCUCAACCAGGCCCGCAUCGAUGCUUGGAACAGCCCCAACUUUGAUCUCCCAAUCUACGAACCUGGUUUGGAAGGUGUCGUUCGCCAGGCUCGCGGACGCAACCUGUUUUUCUCCACGGACGUAGACAAGGGAAUCAAGGAGGCGGAUCUUAUCUUCGUUAGCGUCAACACGCCCACCAAGAAGAGUGGUGUUGGCGCUGGCUUCGCGGCCGACCUCAACUACGUUGAACUCGCCACCCGCCGUAUCGCCGCCGUCGCGGAGUCUUCCAAGAUCGUGGUCGAGAAGUCGACUGUCCCUUGCCGCACCGCAGAGUCCAUGAGGACAAUCCUUGAAGCGAACUCCAAGCCUGGAUGCCACUUCGACAUUUUGUCUAACCCUGAGUUCCUUGCUGAGGGCACGGCUAUCGAGGAUUUGCUCAAGCCCGAUCGUGUUCUCAUCGGCUCCUUACAGACCGCCGAGGGAAAGGCAGCUUGUGCGGCUCUCAGCGAAGUUUAUGGAAACUGGGUGCCUAAGGACCGCAUCCUGACGGUCGGCCUCUGGUCGUCCGAACUUUCGAAGCUGGCUGCCAAUGCCAUGCUCGCUCAACGCAUAUCCUCCAUCAAUGCCCUCUCCGCUAUUUGCGAGGCAACUGGCGCGAACAUCGAUGAGGUUGCGAAUGCUGUUGGCAAAGACUCGCGUGUCGGUCCCAAGUUUUUGCGUGCUUCGGUCGGAUUCGGUGGUUCCUGCUUCCAGAAGGACAUCCUCAAUCUCGUCUACCUCAGCGAGAGCCUGCACCUUCCAGAGGUCGCUGCUUACUGGAGACAGGUCGUAGACAUGAAUGAGUAUCAGAAGCGUCGCUUUGCCAAACGGGUUGUCGACACCCUCUUCAAUACCAUCACCGGCAAGCGCAUCGCCGUCCUCGGCUUCGCCUUUAAGGCAGACACCGGAGACACUCGCGAGUCGGCGUCCAUCAGCCUAAUCAGGGACUUUGUUGCUGAGAAGGCCUAUGUCACUGUCUACGACCCGAAGGUUACAGAGGAGCAGAUCUGGCUAGACUUGGCAGAAGCGCUGUCGCCGACACCUCUUGAGAGCAUCCAGAAGCAGGUCACCAUCGUGCACUCUGCCCUGGAGGCUUGCAAGAAAUCCGAGGCCGUCGUGAUCGCCACGGAAUGGAAAGAAUUCCGUGAUAUCGCUUGGCAAGAGGUCUAUGAUAGCAUGAACAAGCCCGCGUUCGUCUUCGAUGGUCGCCUCCUCGUAGACGCCGACGCCCUUCGUAAGAUCGGCUUCAGCGUGACCACUAUCGGUCGCGGAGAGAGGCUUUAGGCGAGGCUGUCUGCAUGCCUGUGGAGCAUCACGUAGUUCCCUCUUGAAACUCUUGGACGGAUGUUUGGUCAUACGGCUUUCCCUACUACCUUAGAUCGCCAUGGAUGUUAUACCAAUACAGUAGCUCAGACCUCGCGCUCACGGUCGAUCUUCCUGAUCAUCAUACAUGGUAUUGUACCGGAUUGAAUGCAGUGACUCCC